GCUCGGACAGCGGCGGCGGCGGCGGCUCGUGCGGCGUCUCCCAUGAGCCCGCGGCGGACCCUCCCGCGCCCCCUCUCGCUCUGCCUCUGCGUCUACCUGGCCGCCGCCGCGGCGCGGGGAGCCGCGCAGCCGGAGUGACAUCACUCCCUUUCUUCCUGUGCACUGGCUUUGACACAAGCCAGACGGCUGUGGCCGUCGGUAGGAGCCCAGGCUGCCUGGUACAACAGUUGAUGAAACAGAAUAGGAAGACGUUUUCUGGUCAGCUGCAGGAGCACAAUGUGCCUGAAGCUUUGCUAACUCUUACCCCUGUUCUUUGCCUCUCGUUUUGUUGGUGAAGAUAUCACAGUGAUGUCUGCAUUCAACCUGCUGCACUUGGUGACAAAGAGCCAGCCAGUAGCCCUUCGAGCCUGCGGGCUCCCCUCAGGGUCAUGUAGGGAUAAAAAGAACUGUAAGGUGGUCUUUUCCCAGCAGGAACUGAGGAAACGGCUAACACCCCUGCAGUACCAUGUCACUCAGGAGAAAGGGACAGAAAGUGCCUUUGAAGGAGAAUAUACACAUCACAAAGAUCCUGGAAUAUAUAAAUGUGUUGUUUGUGGAACUCCGUUAUUUAAGUCAGAAACCAAAUUUGACUCUGGUUCAGGUUGGCCUUCGUUCCAUGAUGUGAUCAGUUCUGAUGCCAUCACAUUCACAGAUGACUUUUCCUAUGGGAUGCACAGAGUGGAGACAAGCUGCUCACAGUGCGGGGCUCACCUUGGGCACAUUUUUGAUGACGGACCUCGUCCAACCGGCAAAAGAUACUGCAUAAAUUCGGCCUCCCUGUCUUUCACACCAGCAGAUAGCAGUGGUGCCGAAGGAGGUAGUGGAGUGGAUGGCCCAGCCCCGGCAGACAAGAUGGAGCUGUAGAGUCGUGGAGAGUGAUGACACAAGUGUACUUAAUGCACAGCUUAUUUAAAAAAAAAAAAUCAAAAUCGUCUAUCUUAGAUAUAUAUUUUCAAAACUAUAAGGCAAUUUUGUGCUACGAUAUUUUUUCUUCUUUUGCUUAAACAGAGGCUCUUGCCAUUAAUGUAUUUUGCUAUUGACUUAGAUCCAGAACUGUUUAUACCUGUAAUGAAUGAAGAUAGUUUUGUGGAACUCCUUUCACAAGCCACUUAAACACCCUUUGGCAUUGUUUUCUUUGAGCACAUAGCUUCUUCUGAGAGUCCCCUCACCCGCUUGUUUAAGAGGCAGAGGGUGCUUGGUCUUCAAAUGUGGAAUUGUGGAAAUAGAAGUACGGUGUAGACCUCAUCUUGGAAGUCCAGGGCGCCCAGACCUGGGAGACACAUGGCUUGGGGACCGGUGCAGAUCCACCUCAGAUAAGCACUGGAGUGAUGUCUUCUGAGACUGCUCUGCUUUGUGGAAACUUUGAGCUAAGGUCAUUUAUUCUCACUAAAAGGGUGUGAAGGUCUAAAGUCUUUCCUUAUGUUAAAUUGUUGCCAGAUCUGAGGGGGUGCUGUGAGUAUUGUAGUAGAGAAGUAAACAUGACUUCACAGGCUUCUAUUUUAUUAUUUUUUUUCCCACUGAAAACCUUGGAAGGUAAGACAACUGUAAAAUAUUGAGCCUCAUUCUGUCCAGAGUUCACAAACAACACCUGCCAUUGCCUUUUCUAAGUUUGCUCCUCCACACCUAAUACCAGCUGUAGCUAGAAGGGCAUUUUGGUGGAUCUCACUGUGCAAAAUACAACACUGGGGACAACGCACUUCAUCAAGGCAGAAAAAAAAAAAAAAUACAAGAAAACAGAGAAAACCAAGGAGGAAGUGUUGAGUACUUAAAUACUCAAAUAGCCAGUGAUAGGUUUCAAGAUAAUGCAAGUAACAAAUGGGGGGGGGGGGGUGCACAGAGGUUCAUGUGACCUCUAAGAAAAUAUUAGGGAUUAAAACAGAAACAACCAGGGAUCCUAGUCCCACCCUUGGCAGUAAUCUGCUGUGUAAUGAGAUUCAAGCCAUUUAAUCUCCCUGUGCUUAUUCACAUAUAAGCUGGAACUGAAAUGUUUAUAAAAUAAUUAACACUCUCAGGGCUAAACUACAAUGCAAUUAAGAUCAGUUUGUAAGUUAAAAAUAAUCUGGUUCUAAUAGCCUUAAAGGCUGAAGCCCAGGCACUUGAUAUGGAAAGAAGUAGAGGAGGUUGAUGGAGCUGUCUGGUAGGAAGUGGCUGGGCCAAGAGCCAGAAUCUUUUCUUUGUAGUAGUGUGACUGGUUAUGUUCCGAGAAGCUCUGCUUGGUUGCAUGUAACAUUUAGUCUGGUGGGAUGGCUGUCACUGUGCACAAUGAAGUUUUCACAGGGCUGAGCAGCGGCAAUACAAACUGAUACUGCUGCAGCUAGGUGUGAGGAUACGGUUAUGACUGACAUGUGACAUAUAUUGUGCUUGCAGCCUUGAAUGCUAAUCCUGAACUAUAGUUUUACAAAAUAUGUAUAUAUGUAUAUUUUGUUAAUCUUUGAAAAUGUCUAAAGACUCACAUCUUUCCUUAUAAGCAUCAAGAUAAAAGUUAAAGAGGGACAUUUGACUAUUUUAAAGAAAUAAAGAGGGAGUCAGGCAGUAGCACAGCAGGUUAAGCACAUGUGGUGCAAAGUGCAAGGACCGGCAUAAGGAUCCCGGUUUGAGCGCCCUGCUCCUCACCUGCAGGGCAGUCGCUUCACAGGCGGUGAAGCAGGUCUGCAGGUGUCUAUCUUUCUCUCCCCCUCUCUGCCUUCCCCUCCUCUCUCUAUUUCUCUCUGUCCUAUCUAACAAUGACGACAUCAAUAACAACAACAAUAAUAACUACAACAACAAUGAAAAAUAACAAGGGCAACAAAAGAGAAAAUAAAUAAAUAAGUAUAAAAAAUUAAGAAAUAAGGAGAAAGUGAAACAUUGGGACAAGUCAAAAUGUCUGUAUAGUCAUGUCCAUAUGCUGUGACUCUGUAAGUACUUUCUGGUGAGGUGCUGAUAUCCUUGUAGCUUUUCGUUGCAAUCUCAACUACGACUAUUUCAGAUAAGGUCUGUUCCUCCCUCAGCCCCCAAGAUAUUUCACUUUAGGUCCUGAGGAUACUCUGGAAUAUACAGGCUUCACUCCUCUCACAAGAAAUGAGACAUAAAAUUGAAGAUUGUUGAAAGCCCAGAGCCUAUACCAUCCUAGGAGCCUUUCCUGACCUCACAGAGGGAGCCCUGCCAUUUCUCUGAGACCAAGGGUUGCACAUGGGGUUAGCUGAAGAAGUGGAACUUUUUCAUCUCUCUCCAGUCUCUUUUGGGGACACAAAAAGCACUUCUCACAGAACUCCUGUUCUGCACAGUGACCUACUUCACGACCCCUGGACAUGAGUUGAAAGUGUUGAGAAAAAAACGAGAAAAAUAAAUAAGGGGCUUCUUUCCUCACCCCAGAAACUGAAUUCUCAUUAUUCCUUUGUUUUAGUUGUGUAGCUUAAGAGUUUCCUCAAAAGAAGAAGAAGGAGAAUGGGAAAAAAGCACCUUUUCUAAUCCUUAGUCUUUCUUUCAAGGAAAUUCUUCUUUGUUCUACCACAUUUUCUAGCAUCUACUUCAAGGAGAAUGCAACACCCACUGUAACACCCACUGGAAGAAAAAAGCUGAAGUGGUGCAUGUGGUUUAAUUCCAUAUUGCUUUUGAGUUUUAAGUAGUAUCAAAUUUCAGUAUAUUUCUGUCUUAUGUUAAAGAAAUAUGUUGCUAGAACAUCAGUGAGCAAUAAUGUCAGCUGUCAAGUCCUAGAUUUAUUUUUUGCAGGAUAUGGAGUGCAAUGAACUGAGUCAAUAUGGUAAAGGUGUAUGUGAUCUGUGGAAGUUACACCAUUUAACAUAGGAAAUACAUUGGACUUUCCCUCUCUGCACUCUGCCCUUAUUGCACCAUUAGAACUUGCUAGUUUCUGCUAGUUUAUGAACAGGACUUCACUACAGUGAUGCAGAAUGGAUCUGAAGGAAGCAGCAAUGUAUGUUGUAUUAGAGAACAUUUCUAUGCGCUUAAGCAUUUCACUUCUUAGAAGCAUUUAGAUGACUGAUGCAAAUGACUUAACAAUCAAAAUCCUCUUCUUUAUUGAAUUGAAAUGCCUUGCUUUAAAUACAGAAUAUGAUGGAGGUUAUACUGUUUGUUCUGAAGAUCAAAUAUUAUUUUUGCCUUAGAUAGCUUUGUAAUAAUUUUUUCUCCAAAUAAUUGAAAACUUUUGGAAAGUGACAUGAAUUUUCAUGAAAAAAACAAACCUUUUCCUAUGUUUAUUGUAUACAGAAACAAUGCAAUAAAACUUCUUUAUAAAAACA